CUUCCAGCAACUACAAGCGCAGACAGGGGAGAUGCAAGCGUUCAUCGGGAAGUUCUUGGCGUUUGCGGCAUUUGCAGCGCCACAGGCGUCGAGUUACUCAAUGUACGCAAUGCGUGUACCGAAUGGCGAUAAGGUUCCCGGUGUGACCGCGCUUGGACAUUUGGAUCCAGUGUUGGCUGGGCCGAUGAACGAGUUUGGCAUGGACAUGAUCGAUGCUGACUUCCAUUGGACUAAAAAGUUCUGCAUGAAAGACUCGGACGGCGACGGUCAGACAAACGGACAGGAAUUGGGCGAUCCGUGCUGUGAGUUUGUAUUCAGGAAGAAUCCCAAGGUGCGCUGGACGGAGGGGAUCUCGCAUCCUGGAGACGCCAGUUUCAUGACCGACCCGAAGCUCUGGGAGGGGCUGGAGUGUGAAGAGUCCGUAGAUACAGCAGCGAGGCCGGCUAAUGCGUCGGGGGAGGCCGGUAAGGAAACCAAAACUGAUGGUACAGCGGUCAUGACACACGAGCCAGUGUCGAAUACGACGGUGCAAGCUGAAAAGCUAACGGAGGAUGCAGAGCAGUCCUUGAAGGUGUCCAGUCAGAAGACGGUGGGUGGCAACGAGACGGCCGUGGACCAAGAGGUUGUCGUUCAAAACAAGACAGCUGGGGCUUCGUCUGCGCUCUUCUCGUCGAGUUUGUUAUCAGCGGCAGCCGUUCUCGGCCUGUUGGCGUUCGUUAUGGUGCGCAUGAGGCGGCGGCGAAGUCAGUGGACUCUUCUGCCUCAACAGGGACGACGCGCACAGUAAGAGUGUACAUUGUAAUUUGAUCCGUUGAACAAUUCACUUGAAAUGCCGCGUUGUCUGUCGAUUUCCUGUCGCAUCAAUGCCACCGCUGCCAUUCUCCGCUUCAACCAU